AGCAAUGCCAGAAAGAAUUAGAAUGGAGAAAGGCUCGCAAUAACAUAGAUGACAUCACCCUUGCUGCAGACACGGCCCACCCCAACCUCUCCAUUGCUGGGGAUAAGAAGAGAUUGAAACAUGAAAACCAACCUCAAAAAGUUCCACAAACCCGAGAGAGGUUUGAUUCAACUUUCUGUGGCUCUCAAGGAUUCUACUCUGGGAAGCACUACUGGGAGGUGGAUGUCGAGAGCAGCACUGACUGGGACCUAGGGGUGGCCAGAAAAUCCAUAGAGAGAAAAGGGAAACUGUCCCUGUCCCCUAAAGAGGGAUUCUGGGUUCUGGGUUUCAGUGGGCGAGAUUAUUGGGCCAAAACUGAUCCAUGGACCAGGGUCAUGGUACAGAAAAAUUCCAAGAAAAUUGGAGUUUACCUUAGUUACCAAGAGAGGCAAGUGACCUUUUACAAUGUAACUGACAUGUCUGUGUUGUUCACAUUUAGCGAUUGUUCAUUCUCAGGAGAGGUUUGCCCAUUCUUUAAAAAUUCACACAAAGACACAACAUUGAAAAUUUGUUCAAUUAAAGAAGAGGAAUAAAUUUAAAAUGGCUAUGAAGCUUCAUUUUGUUAAUCAAUCUAAUCCCAAAGCCCCAUGAUGCAGCAUAGUACUGGUAGCCAAAGUGAACCAAAGUAACUGAAUGUUUUGCGGCCUGAUGAAAGGCAAAAUUUAAAAAAACACAUUGCCUGUGACAUUAUAUUACAUUAUAGGUACAUGCAUUGCUAAUGCUACAGGGGUAACUCCCUAUGUAAUGAAUGGAAUUGUACUAAGGUUGCUGAACUGUCACUAAUAAAGCCAUCAAAUAGGAAUGAACUUUUUUUUUAUUACUUAGUAUUUUAUCUGGAUCAGGCAUAUUAGGGACUAAGAAUAAGGAAAUAAUAUAAUAUAUUAUACUAAUGAACCUGUGUUAAAUGGUAUAAUUAAUCUUGGUCACAUAUAAAUACUAGUGGGAGAUGAGCACUGUCAUGAGUAAUUUUGACCAGCUAGACUGUUGUCUUCAGAAUGGGUUGCCAGUUAUUGACUUUUACUUACAGUAUUAUACUGUGUAAACUUUGAUUAAUGAUUUUCCUGAAUAAAUGUGGAGGAACUCUAGUUAUUUGGAGUGUCACAGUAUUAAUUUAUACUGAGCCUGUAGAAAUGUAUACUGAUGUAUUUUUUGCAUGAAAAAUAAAAAUAGAUGUUUGUGA